AGGCAGGCCAGCCGGCCAAGCCAAAAGCUUCAAGGCUCUCAGAAAAGCCACACUGCGCUUGUGUCUUCUUCCUUCUUCAGUCUCCCAGCUAAGCUGCUUGCAGCUUUCAAUUAAUCUCCGCCUCCAAUUCCCUGGGACUAUCCUAGCCCUAGUUUGGCUAUUUCAGAGGUUGAUUGGUUUUCUUUUUUGCUUUUCUUUUUGCUUUUGAUUGUUUUUUCCCCCUUUUUAAAUGAGCACCGCAAAGCUGCAAGCUCCACCUCCACAGAAGAAAACAGCCCGGAUCUGGAUGUUUUCCUCCUCUCCUCUCCUGCUUUGCUUUCCUUUUGCUUGAGGUUUUUGAUUUUGGAUGCAGACAUUGCAGGAACACAAUAAGGUAUAGCAAGCAGAACUGCUGGGAGGACUCAGAGAAACGAUGGGGAGGACAGAGAAAGACUCUGAAAUUACAGGCGUGAGAUCCAUAGAUCUCUAGGUUUUCGAGGAUGUCUUGGUGCCUCAGAUUUACUUCAUUAUGUCUUCCUCCAAGCUCCAAGAUGCAGAUGAAGUGUUUGAUUUUAAUGAUGUGAUUCCAGAGACCCAGAGGCUGGACAGUAGCUUACAGAAGGCCCGUGCCCAACUCUCAGCCAAGGGCAAGCGACAGCGCCCCUCUCGGUCCCGCUUGAGAGACAGCAUCAGCUCUGCAGAAGGGGAUGAUAUCCUGGAGAAGAAGGUGGGCGAAGGUUGUGGAAGCCCAAUCUAUCACCUGAGAUCCCCUCUUCAUGACUCCCUCCAUGCUUCAUCAUCUCUCCCCAGUUCCUCGGUCUUCACUCGGACCGUUGAGUUUUCCUUUGAUGCCUCAGCAGUACAGAGGUCCCUGGAACAGGAAGAGGGUCCCUCAUCUCCUCUCAUCCGUUACCGACCCCUGACCAAUACCCCAUCCCAGGAGGGCUUAGGGGGCACCCCCACCAGCUCCUCACCCAAGUCCUGUCCCAGCUCAGACAGCUCACCUAUCUACGCACGCAGAGAGAGGCAUAGUGAAGAUGACAGCAGGGAUGCAAGUCCUCCAGAGCUGGAAAGCCCCACAAUUGGGCUUGACAAGAAAACAAGACGGAAGUUUUUGGAUUUGGGGGUCACCCUCAGGAGGGCAUCUUCUGGGAAAAGCAGAAAAGAGAAAGGGGGCAACCGUCUCUCUAUAGGCAAUAGGGAGUUGAUGGAGGGUUCCAGCCGUUCCUCGGGAUCGCCCUACAUCCCUUUCUCCUGGUUUACAGACAGCGGGAAAGGCUCAGCCUCUUCAGGCAGCACAGCUUCUCCUACCUCUUCCCCCAAGAACGAGGCCUUCAGCCGCAAGAAAUCUGCCUCCCAGGAGUCCACCCUAAGUGAUGACUCCACCCCGCCCAGCAGCAGUCCUAAGACCUUGAGCAUGGUCCUGCCAGAGACCAAGUGCUCCUAUCCUUACCAUACACUGUCACAAUCAUCAGAUGAGUUUCUGGAUGAGCCUCUGAGUGCCGCUUCAAUGUGGAGCAGCCAGAAAGUAGGCCAGUGGCUGGAGAGUUUGAACCUAGAACAGUACAUGGCAGAAUUUGCUGCUCAAGAUGUGGAUGGACAACAAUUGCUGCUCCUUGAUGGAGCCAAACUGAAGGCACUUGGUGUCAGCAACUCUCAUGAUCGGUCUCUUUUAAAGAGAAAGCUGAAGGAGCUGAAUGCAGCUGUCGAGAAGGAGAAGAAAGCCCAGGAAAAGAUGGAGAAGCAGAAAGAAAAACAGAAAAAGAAAGAGCAGGAACAGAGGAAGAGUUAAGCAAAGAGGGGAAGGGGGGAAUUACUGUUUCCCAGCAUAGGCGUAGACCCAUUUCCCCCUAUUUCUAUGGAACAUCUCUGGAAUGAAGGGGAUGGACAUCAGCUUCCAGGAAAAGGGGAGGGCAAGACGCAGGCACAGUCCUACCAAAAGUUACGGGCUUGGGUGGGAUGUAGGGUAAACCUGAACUUGCUCUGGGACUAGAUAGUGGUGACACCAGCAGCAGGAGCUAGGCACACCACUGAUGGUGGACUGGCCACAAGUGACAGAGAAGACCAAGUUGCUACAAAGGGUGUCUCCUCUACUGUGCCAGGACAAUCCAACUGCACUUUCAGGGGGCUAGCAAGACUCCCUCUGCCAGUGGUGCAACUUGGAGGUGGGUGAUGAUGCUGUCUCCCCAGCCCCUGCCCUGUGAAUAUCUUCAGAUGACACUGCUGAAUAUCCCUAUAGAUCUUAUUCCUCUACACAAAAUUGCUCACCUCAGAGGCUUUGAUGGGUUCACACCCUAUGUCAUUUAGGUGUCCCAUCACACCCUCCUGCCAUUACCAGGGGAACACAGCUGCCUUGCAAAACACAGAUGAGAGAUACACAGACGUGCAUGCACACACAUACACAGACACUCCCAAAAUACAGCAAGGUUGAGACAACUGCAUAACAGUUUCUUUUAGACUCCCUUCUACCUCUCUCCCACAAGGUUUCUGGAUCAGGAGUAAGCGGUCUUUGCCCAUUCUUUGCAUCUGCCUAUAGAAUGGCAUUGCUGGGAGUGGGCAGGUAGGUUGCUCACAGCUUAAGUAAGAGAAGAAAUGGGGGAGGAGGAGCUUUAGAUGCCUGGCAAUAUACAGCAAAGAACCACAGUGGAAUAAAAGAAAUCUUGCAUUGUC